AUGAUUCUUUUGUUUGAAGAUGCAAAAACUCCUCUUUCAAGAUUUUAUCCUGUGAUCCAUAAUGCUGAAAUGGCAUUUGAGGAGUUACGUCAGAAGGGCAAUCGCUUUGCCAGUAUCUUCUAUCAAUGGCUUUUAGCCAAAACCAUCAAUUCCGAGUAUGGCGUUAUUUGGGCAUUUGCUUACUUGACAACACCGAAAGGUUUGAUUUACGCCCGUGAGGCAAUUCACAACCGUGAAUUCCCUCCACCAGCCAAUGGAUACACAAGCUUGUUCUACUAUAUAGAAAAACCGAAAGAUCCGAUUGAUGAUGUUACAGAAAUCCUGAUUGAAGAAAGAGUAAAUGUGGCAGUAGAAGAAAUAUUGACAGAAGCACCAGAAGCUAGAUGGCCAGAAAAAGAUCUUGAACCUCCGAACAAUAAAUUCACUGAAGCUGAAGUAGUUCAGGAUAGUCAUGAUGAAACAGUGAAUGAAGCUGUUGAGGACCUCGAUGUUUGUCUAAGGGCAAUUAAGUUUAUGAAAUUCGAAUUGAAGAACAGAUGUCAUACAGAAAGCCAACAACAAUCAUCCCUUUAA